AUGCCCGAGCCGUACCCGCCCACGGCGCAGGCCCCGUCGCCCUCCGGCUCCGGCCGCCCCGACGGCCGCGCUGCUCCUCCUCGCACCGGCCUCCCGCGCGCCCAAGGCUCCGGCCGGCCUCGCCUCCCGCGGCCGCCGCGCCCGUCCAGCCGGCCGCCGCCUCGCCGAACACGGAGCCCGCCCGGCCGGCCUCCGGCUGCCCGCCUCUGCAGCAACCUCCGCACCACCUCCUCCACCAGGCCUCCCCGGGCCACCUCCCGCAAGUCGGCCCCGGCCUCCGGCGCCGUCCGCGCUCCCGGCGGCCCGGUCGCCGGCUCCUCCGCCCGCGCCGGCUCCCGCGCCCGGCCCCCGACCCGUUGUUCCGACCGCCUGCCGGCUUCGAGGAGGCCGGCUGCUCAGUCCGGUCCCCCCCCAGCGCUUGCCGGCUCGUCGCGUGCGCCCGCGGGGCUGGGUCCAGCUCCUUCCGCGCUGCGCCGGGUCCGGCUGCCCCUGUGCGACCGCGGCUCUCCCCCUGUUGAUGCUGCUCCGCCCCCGCGCCGGCUCCCCGCUUCGCGCGUCACUCCGCCCUCGCGCGCACGGCUCCGGCCUCUCCAGCAUCCGCCUCGCUGGCUCCGGGCCACCGCGCGCCUGCGAGAUCGCCGCCCCGCGCUGGCCAGCUCGCGCGCGGGCCUGCUCCGCCCGCCCUCCGCGCCGGCUUCCCACGCCCGGCCGCGCCCCGUUCUCCUCCACGGUCGCGCCUGCCUGCCGGCUUGUUGCUCCAGCGGGAGGCCGACUGCUCGUUCCGGUCCGGCUCCCCCAGCACCUGCCGGCUCGCCGCCUACGCCCGCGGGGCCGGGUCCAGCUCCCUCCGCGCCGUGCCGGAUCCGGCUGCCCCUGUGCGCCCGCGGCUCCGCCCGGCCGCCUCGCUUCGCCCCUGGCCAGCGUCGACCGCGCCGCGCCGACUUCGCCCGCCAGCGCGUCCGCGGGCCAGCGUCCGCCCUGCCCGCGCGGCCGCGCGCCCCAGCCGCCCUGCUUCGCCUCAGCCCCUGUGCGGGCUGGCUCCGACCACGCCGCGCCGGCUAG